CCCCUCAGACAAAGCCAAAAUGACCCUUGAUCGCCAUCGUCUUCUUCUGUCAAUUGAACCUUGAUCCGCAGCCGCCAUUGACGAUCUGCUUCUUAGUUCUCGGCUCUCCGGUGAAUUGAUUUUCCGACUGGAAUAAACUCAGCGAUCUGAAUUCUGCUCUCUGGCUACCGGACAAGAAGGGAAAAUACAUAAAAAUUCUUUGGGGGAAGAGAUAUGGGGUCUUUUUCUAGGGGAAUCAACAUCGCCACGAGUGCUCAGAGAAUUGAUGUGGAUAAUCGGAUUUCCCUCCGGUACUACUUCCGGAUCGCUGAUAAUAUUCUCAAACAGGCUGACAUUUUCCGAGGAGAGAAGAAUAUAAUAGAUCUGUACAUUAUGCUUCUAAGGUUUUCAAGUUUGGUUUCUGAAACAAUACCAUGCCAUCGAGAUUAUGGAUCGUCUCGACAAAGUAAAAAGGUCUCCUUGAGAAAGAGAUUGGUAAACGCUUUGAAUGAGCUGGAGGAGUUGAAGCCUGCAGUGCAACAGAAGAUCAAUGAGUUGAACAGGAAACACAGUUAUCAGAAUAAUUCUUUAGAAUGGCCUGCUGUGAAGAACACAACUUUGACAAACCAUAACGUGACAAAGGCAAUUCGACCAACUUCGUAUGCAUAUGGUUAUUAUGGUUCAAGUAAUCCGCACUUUUUGCAUCCCAGGUCAGUAGGGGAGCAAUUUCAGAAAAUGACACUAAACUUCCCUCGAGCAAAGGAGGAAACUUUGUCUAAACAUUCGAUUUUGGGUCCAGAUGGGCUUCAUGGGCAGUGGCAGCCACCUAGGACUGAUGUAAAGGUGCAAUAUCCAAGCAACGUGGACCUGACUCCAGUUGAAAUUCCAAGUCUGCAGAAAUAUUUAGAAAAUGGUCUUCCAGUGAGGAAUGACCAUUGCAAGUCAGAAGCUGAAGCAUCCAUUGUGGAAUCUGUUAUUAAUCUGAAUGAAAAUAGUGAGAAUGGUGACAACUGUAAUGUCAAGGAACCUCGUCCAAUGAUUUCCUUUGAAGAAUCAGAGAUCCCUGUUCAGAUCAAUAUUACCAGGCAGCCUUCACCUCCCCCUGUACUUGCUGAGAUGCAAGAUUUGGUUCCUGCAGUGUCACCACAAGUCUCUGAUGCGGGAUGUAGAAUAGAGAAUUCAUCAGUAGACAAUUUUGUCAGCUCUGAAUCUCACAUGGAGUUGCACAUUUCAACUACAAUGAUGGAGACCUUCAUGAAGCUGGCUAAAUCAAACACUGAUAGGAAUCUAGAAACGUGUGGUGUCCUUGCCGGUUUACUUAAAAACAGAAAAUUCCAUGUUACAGCGUUGAUUAUUCCUAAGCAAGAAUCAACAUCUGACUCGUGUCAGACAACAAAUGAAGAGGAAAUAUUUGAAGUGCAGGAUGAGAAAUCUCUUUUUCCCCUUGGUUGGAUUCAUACACAUCCUACGCAGUCUUGUUUCAUGUCAUCAAUUGAUGUUCACACUCAUUACUCAUAUCAGAUUAUGUUGCCAGAAGCUGUUGCAAUAGUCAUGGCACCAAGGGAUACGUCAAGGUGAGACAUUAUAAUGAAUUUUCAAUUUUUGCCAUGUUUUUUCUUUUUGAUUGGCAAAGGGAACUAGUGCUUUAGCAAUUGCAGGGAUUUGGACCCUUGACUUUGACCUCAGUAAGUUAUUUUCUAUGUUAUUAACUGGUGUAACUUCUACUUUUCCUUUCAUUCAUCCAGAAAGCAUGGCAUUUUUCGGUUGACAACCCCAGGAGGUAUGUCAGUCAUAAGAAACUGCCAACUACGUGGCUUUCAUCCACAUGAUCAACCUCCGGAUGGGGGCCCCAUUUACAAAUCCUGUACAGAUGUGUAUAUGAACCCUAAUCUAAAGUUUGAUGUCAUUGAUCUUCGAUGAUCACAAGUUGCCCCCAUCAUGAUAGGUGAGGUUUUGCUUGUCUAAUGGUUUACGGUAUGCAUGCCAUUAGUCAGUUUGCAGUUAGAGUUGAUCCUUAAAAUGUAAAAUACAUGCAUGUAAAAUGGAAACAACGGAAUAUUGCAAUUAGACCCUAGUCAAUGAAUGCAUAGGCCAAAAUGUGGGUCUAAAAACUGCCUGGGAAAGACUUCUAAAACUGUUUGUCAAUUCAUUUAUCCAUUGAAUAGAAAUGGAACUUUCUAAUUCAUUACAAACUGAAUUAUAGUCUUUGAUGAAAUUUAUUACCUUGCAAAUUUAUCAUGAUGUCCAACUCAAUUGCGCUUUUAUGGUUAUGAAUAGAUGGACUUAGUUGAUUUUUGGACAAAUUCUGGUUGUGUUGGAGAUCAUAUAAUCAUUUGAGUUAUAUUAGUAAACUUGGUCUGAUUUUGUAGCAUUGAUUUUGGAUAACUUGAGCCAUAAGAAUAUUGAAAAGGAACAGAGUAGGAAUGAUGGAAAUAAUGAAACAAGGUCCAAGUC